AUGGAGUCUGAAAAAUCCACCUUCAGUUCAGAGAGUUCAAAUGUUGCUGAUGACAAGAAAAUCAGCAAAAACAAGCCGUUUUCGGUGCUUAUUGUGGACGAUGAUGUGGUUUCUAGGACGAUCCACAAAAUGUUGCUCGAAAUGCUAGAGAUGGAAGUUUAUGUAGCUGUAACUGGAGAAGAAGCUGUUGAAUUUCAUGUUGUUGGAGCUUCUUUUGAUCUCAUUCUGAUGGACUUUCAUUUGCCUAUCAUGAAUGGCUAUCAGGCAACAAGGGAACUAAGAGACAUGGGUAUCUACCGCGCCAUUGUUGGUGUCACCUCCUGCACCGAGGCUGAGCGUAGACUGUUCAUGGAAUCCGGCCUAGAUGACUGCAUUUUUAAGCCGCUUACCAUUGAUAAGAUCGCCUCUUACCUCCCAGUCCCGGUCCGAUUCCGAUCCAACAACACUAGCUGCGGUGAGGAUGACGACGUUGGCAGCAGCAGCUAUAAUUAUGCAGUCCUGAAGGAUGAUGAACUUAACUACAGCAGCAGCAGCAGUAAUACUAUUUUUUGAUUCCGAUAUCAAAAGAUUGAUUAAUGGAACAAACUGCUGAUAAUUAUAAUUAUUUAAA